CCUAGGGCAACAUGCCCGAACGAUCAUAUUCCGAGCUCGCAAACUGGAGUGGCAGCGUCUCUUCGGCUGCAGGAACCGUACACAAUCUCGACAUUGUCAAAUUUCCCUCACCAUCUUCAUCGCGCUUGGGAACCGCUUCUUCGCCGAAUCCAGAUAUUCAUACUACCUUUGGCCACAGAGAUUCUCGUACGCAAGUCCCAUUGUCGUCGGUUACCGCAUCAACCUCGAAGACAGGAGUCGCUAUGGACGGGACACGCUCGCCAGCGGGAGAGAGACCGCAGGAUCCAGCAAUCGUGGCUGUGAUGAACUCAGACGUGUCCGAGAAGACGAAGGACGCGACGCGACAACGCUUGAGCGCUGAACACCCUAGCGAUUUGCCCAUGGGCGUUGCAGCAGAGCGAGUUCCCAACGGAUCCGGUCACCCACCCGAAGCACCGUCUUCCCCCUCCCAUCCGCAACCGAACUCAAUCUCGCCGCGCAAGCCGCCGAGUAAGGCUGCACAUCCGCCACGACGCUCAUUCCAAACAGACAGCGGCGGAUUGACGGGACCUCCUGUGGGUGAUGACGACGACACUAACUCCUUGAUGGACGCGGACGGGGAGACCGACCACGAAAGUUCAGUCUCCGUCUACCCUAUUCAGAGCAAUAUGGGGUCAUCAAGCUCUACCACGAACACCGAUACGAGGGACUCGACCGAGGCGACCACAGUCAUGCGCACCUCUCCCGUUAACAGGAGACAAAAGCGGGCAAGCAAAGGGUCAUAUAACGGCCAGUUCAUGGAUGCUGCGCAGAAGUACUACGUAGCGUUAUCGCCAUCUGCCCAACCCUCCGCUGCAGGUCUCUCUCCCUCCACCGCGCCCUCCGGUGCCUAUUCUCAAAGCCAGGCGCAGCUCAUGUCUGCGGGCGGUCGUGUCUCCUCGUCUCGCCGUCGCCGUCGGUCAAGCUCAUUCACCUCGCCGGAAAUUCCCCUGUCAGCACUUGCUAGCUCCUCUAGACCGGCGAAGAAGCGUCGGCCCAACCUGGCCUACGUCGAGGUCCCUCCCCUUCCCCCGGGGCGCCGCCGGGCAUCGUAUCGCCCUGCCUCGGAGAUCCGCACGCUUCAGGACCAGAUGCGGCACGUGCCCUCAGACGAGGAAGAGGCUGGAGCUGACUACGCUGCGGGCCUCGGGUGGGCGCUGAACACCGCGGCGGCAUCGAACGGACGGCAGGUGAGCGCGUCGCCAGCGAAGUCAGGGCGGCGGUCGGUGCGGAGACGCGUGACGGAGCCGGUGGCGCAAGAGAUGAGCACGAGCGUGCGGUCCGACCGUGCGAUGAGUGUGACUGUGCCAAAGAAACGUGGUCGGCCUCCGAAGGUCAUCAAACAGAGGGCCGACGAGGCAGAAGUGGAGACCCGGCCAUCUCGCAGAGCGAAGGCGAAAGGGAAGGACAGGGCGUACGAGGCUGAUUCUGAGCCAGCGGACAGUGACGGCGAGGAUGAGCGUCGACUCGCAGGGCAAGACGAGGAGCAGGCGGAGGACGACAGUGGCCACGUUCUCGCAGACGAGAUGGAUGCGGAACCAGCGCCGGCGGCAGACGCGUUAGAGGAGUUCUUCCCGUCCGUGAGGAUCGACAUCGACAAGUAUCCACUGGCGGCGGACGGGGUGCUGCAUGUGGCAUUCCGACGGCUGCUCAUUGGGAGUAAGAGUCUUCAUUGGCCUCCUCGCAGCGAGCAGAGCGUGACGUCGAGCCUUCCACAGGCACCGCCUGUACUUGAACCGGCAUCCAAGGUGGACGCGACGGCUACGUCUUUUCCAGCUCGAAAGAAGCCCUCGAUAUCCUCAGCUGUGCCACUUCGCUCGUCUUCCAUAGCCAUGUCUCAGUCCUCUUCGUCUGUAACACCCACGACUUCGUCCGCCACGAAGGUCCGACAACCGAUCAAACCUCUUCCGAGACGUCACGUAUCCAAACAGCACACAGCUCACCUGGCCCAUGACGCCAAUACACCACCUACUGCUCACGCUUCGACGAACACUGAAGCUGCAUCUCCCGAGAGUCCAGCUAAACGAACGCGUCUCCGAACGUCACGCACGUCAUCGACGCUGACGGCUCCUGUACAAACACCUCUGAAUUCUGCGUACGCGUCGUCAAUGUUUCAGCUAUCUCCCCUUCGAAGUUCUGCCGUCGUCUCACAGAGCACAUCUACCGUCGCGUCCCAGCCAACUGUUGCAGCCCCCCAUUUCUCUCCUACGCCAUCACAGCCCUCUCCAACACGUCCAUCAGCUCUUCCUCAGCCCUUUCCUGGCUUCUUACGGACGGACUCUCAGCAGAGCAUCGACUUUGGCGCGUCGUUCGCGGAUUGCGACAUGUUCUCCAUUUCCUCUACUGCCGUUGGGCCAAGUUCCAGCCCGCAUCCUCUGCCUUCACAACAGCAGUUCGGAUCACAACCGCCGUCCACUGAGUUCCGGACUCUGCAAGAGAUCCUCGAAUACGUGGAGGACAACGGGCUUCAAACCGAAUUUCCCCAGACCGGUAGCGAGGUGGGGAACGAGCUCAGGCAGGCGACUUUUCAACUCGAGAAGGCGCAAGCUCUGGCGCUGCCAUCACCUUCGAUUAUCUCUGGGGGCGAGUUCCUCGCACAGUCAGGACUAGGCACUCUCGAAGAGUGUGGCAGUGUCUAUCCUUGGAUGCUUGAAGGAAUCGGCCAGCUGAGCGCAGACGUGCAAGCGGGCUAUUCAAGCGGCUUCAUAGACCCGUCUCUUCUUGGAGGAUCAGGUCCCAACGCAUCCGUGCAGCUAGAGGCACACCCGCCCUUGUUAUCUCCCCAGACAUCUCAAGAGUCGGGCCCCGUCGCAGGCCCCUCCCGCGUCCCGGAGGGUCGCCGCCAGCCGUCGCUCGAAGGGUAUUCUCGGACGCGCUCGCGCUCGUCCUCUCGGACAGGCUCUCCUACGACGCCCUGGGAAUCGGCACCGAAUGGACCCCAGCGACAGUUCUCUGUGCUGUCUCGAGACUUACCUGCUGUCUACAAGGAGGGGAAGCGGAUGCGCCGUCCGACGGAGCGCGCGAUAUCCAUGCGCCAUGCACUCGAGAUCACCGACGAGAGCGAGGAUGAGUUCCUGCCUAGCACCCCUGACAAGAAGAGGAGCGUGCCGGGGAGGGAAAGGGGAAGGGGGAAAGGCCAAGAUGCCGGAAAAGAUCAAGCGAAGAAGGGCGCGGGGAAGGGCAAGGGCAAAGAGAAGGCUAUCGAGAUGACCGCCGAUGAAUCCAUGUCUAUCAGGCAGCUAGUGGAGGAGCCGACGUUCUGUCAUCAGUGCAGGAACAAGACCCUCCGGGAUAAGAUGCGCUGCACGUCCAUCCGGGCCUCAGGGCAGAGAUGCGGCUUGCGAUAUUGCCAGCGGUGCAUUGAGCUCAGGUAUCCCGAUGUAUCGUUCGACUCCUAUGCCGUCCACUUUGUCUGCCCGCGUUGCCAAAAUAUUUGCAACUGCACGGCCUGCGCUCGUCAAAGAAACGAGCCUUACAUAUCCCUCCGCGUUGGAAAGCUACCGAAGGCUGGCCCCGCGCUCAUGAAGGAAGCUGAGAGAAUUCCCACUCCCAAUCGUAUAUCACGCCAGCAAGUGCCUUCACCUCCCCCUUCCAAGCUCGACCUGGUUCCUGAACAGUUCUUCGGAAUAAUCUACGGCUUGCAAGGGGAGCGUAUGGGGCAGGGCUAUAUUGCUGAUAUUCCACGGGUUGUCAUCGAGCAACAGACAAACGCUACAGCUACAACGAAUGAUGCGCGCGCGCCAGUUCGACGGAAGCAACCACGGCAGUUUGGCAAGCCUAUUGCGUAUAUCGGCAAACGGCGAGUUCCGUUUGUGUUACUCGACCCGACCAAGCACCAACCACACCUUCCUUCGGCGGAUACUGCGAAGUUUCAAGAUCCGCAUGAGCACGACUCAGUCGUCGAGAUCGGCCAGUCUGCUAUCUCACCUACGCCGCUCGAAAUGCUGCAAGUUGUCAAGCCCGGCCAAUCGAUCGAGAAGGCACCAUCGGGCCCACCGCUACCUCCACGUCGAACGUAUAUAGGCGAUCGCUCGGCACUUGACAAGGGCACGUAUGUAUCCAUGGACGAGCUCAUCAAGCGCGCCCUUCGAGCGGAAGAGGAUGGCUCGCUUUCAGACUUACCUUUUGUGGACGACCGGGAAGGCGUCACGGAUGUCGCGCCUCCCGUGAGCGCGCAGCACAGCGCCCUGGACGUGCAGUGCGCCAUUGCGCUCGCCUUCCAUAGAUUACAAGCCUCGCCGAAGGACCAGGCAAAGGUCGCGGCGGCGGAUGCGGUGAGAACUUAGUUGGUGGGCCUUUCUUGACGAACCAUCGAAUGUCGCUCAUCUCUUGUUCAUCUUGACCUCGAAUUUGACGCAGUCUCUCAUACAUAGUUAUUUCACUUAUAACGUUUUGUCCUCAACUUUGUUAUGCGAUGCGGAGUACUCUGGGCUGCCACCUCUACCUUAUCUUACAUUCAAUACCUGGACACUUGAUUAUUCACUGGCCGAUUACCCCGACGAUACAAAUCUAAUGCUGGAGAAAGAGCAGAUAUAGCUAGCCGUGUGUGAGUUUCAUGUGAAUGAAAUCUGGCGAGCUAGGCUGGGAAGACGGGGACUUUGGCUCCUACAGAGAACUGGUGGAAACGGGACAUUGGCAGUAGGGACCCUGUUGAAACACAGUAGGCGCAAGUUUCUAGGAAUCUAUUAAAAACGUAGGACAAUCUCUUACGCGCACUCAGG